CUUGCGUUCUGGACUUCUGGGCGGGCGUGGGUUUUGUCUGAGCCCUCGGAAAGUCCUUCUGUGGGAGGUGGGGAAGGCUCGGUGAGCCAGGCGGCCUUCGAAAGCGCCAGGCCCAAGGUGCUGUGGCGGCCGCGGGGCCGGGCUCGGCCGUCGACCCUCCGCUGGGCUGUGCCGGCCUUCCCUCGCGCCCUGGGCCGUCGGUCACCCUCCGUCGCGCCACCGCGCCAUCUUCUGUCAAGGCUCCCGGCUUUUCUUCGCACCCCGCGGCUUGUCCCCGGGAGCUCGGGGCGUUUGUAUUUCCGACGUGAAGUUUUCUGGGCUGUAAAUGAAGUGACAGCGGUAAAUGCUAUAUUGGACAGCACAGGCCCAGAGUCUAUAUCAUUGGACACUGCAAAAAUAUUUGCUUUAUAGAUAUUGGUAGUGUAAAUUCAGGACAAAGAACCAGAUAAAAAGUUUUCUUCAAAAAUGGAUGGAAUGUCUUCAGAGGCCAAUGAAGAAAAUGAUAAUACAGAGAGAACUGUUAGAAGACGGCACUCCUCAAUUUUGAAACCCCCAAGGAGUCCUCUUCAGGACCUCAGAAGUGGGAAUGAAACAGUUCAGGAAUCCAAUGCUUUGAGAAAUAAGAAAAAUUCUCGUCGAGUCAGCUUUGCAAAUACUAUCAAGGUAUUCCAGACAGAGUCUCAUAUGAAAAUAGUGGAAAAGUCAGAAAUUACAGAAACAGAAGCAAGAGAAAAUGUUCUAUUUACCCGGAAUAAUUCAGAAGAUAGUUAUUGUGAGAUUACUGGGAUGAACACAUUGCUUUGUGCUCCCAUUCAGACCCAGGUACAGCAAAGAGAGUUUUCAAAUGAAGAGCACAACCAUGAAAGGAAACAUGCAAAUGAUCAGACAGUCAUUUUUUCAGAUGAAAACCAGAUGGAUCUGACAGCAAGUCACACUGUGAUGAUUACCAAAGACCUUUUAGACUGUUCCAAAAAUGAGAAGUCAGCUAAGAUAGAUACCACAUCCUUUCUAGCUAACUUAAAGCGCCACACUGAGGAUUCAAGAAUGCAAAAAGAAUUAAAAAUUUCCAUGGAUCAAAGCACUUCCGGAAAAAAAAAAAAUUCUAGUGACUUCAUAAAAAGAUUGAAAACAGGAAUGUAUAAUGCUUCUUCUUUUACAGAACUUAAUAAAGAAAACUCCGAAAUUCCUAUUUAUUCCAAGGAAUCAAAUAGUGCCCCUUCCACCCAUCAAAUAUAUACAUCUCUUAAUGUAGGUGACAGAAGUAAUAAUGUGACAAGAACCUUUAGAGAACAAGAUGAUAGGAUGAAUUUAACCCAGUGUCAUACAGCCAGUAUUCAGACUUCCAUUCCCAUAACCAGUGAGGCCAACUUACAGGAAUUUAAAGGUGACAUUACAAUUUAUGACAAUGACUGUAUGGAUUUGACAAGUACCCAUACAUUACAGAUACCCUCUGCAGAUAAUUCAUCUAAAACAGAAAAUCAAACUCAGACUGUCAUGGAUAUUGCAACAGAUAAUGGAACUAAAGUCCUAGGAGAGAAAACAAUCUUUAAAAAAUUAAAUGCUCCUUUUCCAGACCCUUCCUUAAACUCUCAAGAUAAACUACCUAUAACCAAAAGUCAUAUUAGAGAGUCUGAAACUUGCACAGUCACUCAAACUUCUGAUCAAGAUACCAGAAUAUUGGCAGUGACCCAAGAAUCUAUAUGUUCUAGUGGACCACUUACUCCAGGUAAUAAGACAGUUUUUUAUUCUACUUGUAACGAUGCUAUGGAAUUGACCAACUGUCUGUCCAGUGUGAGAGAGGAUACAAGUUUGCUAAAGCACAACAGUAAUUAUUUUAAAAUAUGUCCCAAUCCAGAUGCCAUACCCUGUCUCAUGGAGAAAACUAUUUAUUCAGGAGAAGAUAGCAUUGACUUUACCAAGAGUCACACAGUUGCAAUAGAUAAUCACAUUUUUAAACAAGACUGGGCAGAUGUCCAGAUAGCAGCCACAUCAAUAUCUGAAAAAGGAAAGUUGCUCCCAAAUUACAUAACUGGGUCAGAAGAUAGAAAAAUGAAUGUAAAUUCUAGCUUAGUUCCUGGUGUACCCAGGGGAAUAUUACAGCAGAGCCUGCUCUAUCAUGGUAAAGAUUCUCCUUCAUCAGUUCAUUAUAAUGAGAACACAGCAACAAACCAUAAUAGAGUCUAUUCAGGGGCAGUUCUUGAUAAACAAGCAUCACUAGGAAAUAAUAGAAAUACAAUUUCAAGCAAGAACUAUUCAUUUUCUAACUCAGAGCCAUUACUUUCAUCAGAAAGGCAGUCUGCUGUGAAGGAUCAUAAUACUGCCCUGAAUGGUCAGAUAGUGAAAUCUGUACUAGGCCAGAAUUCUAUACUUCCUGAGCCACUGAGAAAAAGUUUAGAUGAUCCCACAUCUGAUUGUUCUCAUGAUAAGAUGACUGUUUGUUCAGAGGAGGAGCAAGCUAUGGAUCUAACCAAGAGUCAUACUGUUGUCAUUGGAUUUGGUCCUGCUGAAGUACAAGAAAUUGAUAAAACUAAUGCAGAACAUAGAACCAUCCAGCUCCCAAGAGAAAGCACACAGACACCUAUAAAAGUGGAACAAUGUGAUAAGAGUCCUAUAGAAAAAACUGAAGUAUUUAUGUGUAAUGAUAAGGACAUGUUAGAAGACAAAAAUGUACAGAAACCUGGAUUUCUAAAAGAAAAACAAAAUCUUAAAAAUUGCGAAAGGAAAAGUGUUGGUGCACUAAAAAUUGAUAAAACUGUAGUAUUUUCAGAGGAUGAUGAAAAUGAUAUGGAUAUCACCAAGAGUUACACAGUGGAAAUAAGCCAUAAACCUUUUUUAGGUAAGCCUGACUCUCAUUUGAUACCUUUGGCAGGAACUUCUAAAACUGUUUUGUAUGCAUGUUGUCAGGAUGAUAUGGAGGUCACUAGAAGUCACACAACUGCUUCACAAUGUAAACCUGUCUCACCAGAUGAAAUAGGCUCUAGGGCUAUGGACAAAACUGUAAUGUUUGUAAAUAAUCAGGAUGAACUAGAAAUGACCAAGUCCCACACUGUUUGCAUUGACUACCGAGCAGAAGAGAAAGCCAUACUUUCAGAUAGAUCUAACUUUGGACAGUCCAGAAGGAAAAGCCUACAAAAACCUCCGGCUGAGGAUAAUGUUUUUUCUGAAAAUGACCACCUGGCAUCAAAAGACAGACAAGCAACAGAGGAAUGGGCUAACAGAGGUCCUACAGAGAGCACUUUAGCAUUUUCAUCUGAUGAGAACAUGGAUAUGUCUAAAUUAACCACUUGGAAAAAUGCCAAAGAUAUGCAAAAGCCUGGAUCUAUGAACGAACUCCUAUCAGUCAGAAGUCAGGGAAGAAAAAGCCUUAGACUCAAAAAUGACAAGCCCAUUGCAUAUUCAGAGAAUGACAAAAAUGACAUGGCUAUCACCCAGAGUUGUAUGGUGGUAAUAAGUAGUGAAAGUGCUCCUGAAGAGAGGGAAGCCUUCAGUUCGGUUCCUUUGACAGGAAUCUCUAGAACUGUUUUGUCUGGCUGUAGGCAGGAUGACAUGGAGAUCACUAGAAGUCAUGCGAUUGCCUCAACAAGUGAAACUAUGUCACCAGAUGAAGUAACUGUUAGGCCUAUGGACAAAACUGUGAUGUUUGUAGAUAAUAACGAUUUGGAUGUCACCAAAUCCCAUACUGUUUUCAUUGAUUGUCAAGCCACAGAGAAAAUACUUAAAGAGCAUCCUAAAUUUGGAAUAACAAAGGAAAAAAACUUGAGUAUUUACUUUCCGAAGAUUGAUAGCUAUGUUGAAGGACUCACUAAAAGCCAAGUAUUGGCUGUAGAAAACAAAAUUGUUCACCCUGAGCAAAAAGAAAAUGUAAUACCUUUUAUUCCUAUGAAUACAUUCUGUGGGCAUCAAAGUGAAAUGGGAAUCAUCAAAUUCCAUGAAGCUGUUGCAGAUGAACAGGGCAUGGAAAAAGUAGACCAGGCCUAUACAUUGGAGAAAGCCAGAAUUGAAAGAUGUCACUUAAGUAAUACAGAUAGAAAAAAUGUGGAUUUUACAGGUAGUCAUGUAGCUGCUAUUUGUGGAUCCAGUGAUAAUUUUUCUUGCUCACCAGAUGUUAUUUCUCCUUUUAACAAUUUGGAAAAUAAUGUCAUGUCCUUACGUGAUAAAGAUAAAGCCAGUAAGAGCCUAGUGCAAAAUGAUCUUCCUUUUGCAGAUAAUUUAGCCAGUAAGUAUUAUUUGGAAUCUGAGGGACCACCUCUUUUUGCUCCUUGUCCUUUAUUAGAGAAGGAAGAAGUUAUUCCAACUAAUUGCAAAGGACAGAUAGACUGUGCUGUAACACUGCUCAAAGAUCAAGAUCUGCAAAAAGAGCCUCAAAAUGUAUUACCUAGUCAAACUUUAGUACAUAAUCAAAACCUGGGGGAGAUCACUAAACUUAAUUCAAAGCGUGUAUCUUUUAAGCUUCCAAAGGAUCAAACAGAGGCCUUUGUUGAUGAUAAUUUCAUUAAUUCUCAGCCUCAUGUCUUAACCCAACAACUUCCAUUAACCCCAAAAGGACAGAAUGUUGUCAGUGAAGAUGAGUCAAAACUGUCUAACACUGAAAACAAGAGUUUAAAUAUUGUUACAGAGAAUUGCUCUGCAUCCAUAUGUUCGAACAAAUCGAAAAUGCUUGAUAAUGAGAAAGAGUUUGCUAUAGUCUGUGAAAAAGAACUUAAGGAAAAUACAGAUACCCACAGUAACACAGAUUUGACUACCCAAGUCACUCAAACCCAUGCCAAUGCUAGAGAAGCAAAUCCCAUACUUGCAUCUAAUGUUCCAUGUUUUAGUAGUGUCAAGCCAAGCCUGAAUAAUUUGAAUGGAAAACCUGGUGAGUUUUUAGAUUUUCAAACUGCUUAUAUACUACCUUCUUCAGAAGAAUUACUCCGGUUAGAAAACAAGCCACUCAAUGAUGUGACUAUAGCACAAUCCACAGAAAUAGAUAACCUAACCUCCAAUGAUGCUAAAGAAGAAAACAAAAAAUCUCAUAAUGGGGAUGAAACUACCUCUGUACCUUUAAAGACAGCUAUUAAAGAUAAAAUGAAGAGAUGUUCUUUGGGAAUAUUUUUGCCCAAAUUGCCAAACAAGAGAAAUUGUAGUGUCACUGGUAUUGAUGACCUAGAACAGAUGCCAGUAGAGGUAACUGCUUUAAAUCAUUUAGAAACUCAGCCUGUCUCCACCAAAGAUUCAGGAAUUGGAUCUGUUGCAGCUAAACUGAAUUUAAGUCCAUCUCAAUAUAUAAAUGAGGAAGAUCUUCCCAUAUGUUGUGGUGAGAUUAAUUCCUCAGACUCGAUUAACAUAGAAAUUGAGGGAAAGGCUUUGAUUGAGACAUACCAAAAAGAGAUUUCACCAUCCGAAGACAACAUGGAAGAAACCAGCAACAACCAAAAAAGAACCUGGAUACAAGAAGAAGAUGAUGUUGAGAAUGAGAAAAAAAUCAGAAAAUAUGAGAUUAAUUUUAGUGAUUCUACACAACAUCAGGAGAUUUUUGAUCACCAUACUGAAGAGGAUAUAGAUAAAAAUGCUGACAGUGUAUCAAUAAAAAACCUGAGCAGGACCCCAUCUAGUUGUAGCAGCUCUCUGGAUUCAAUCAAGGCUGAUGGGACCUCUCUGGACUUCAGCAUGUACCGGAAUAGUCAAAUGGAAUCCCAGUUUCUUGGACACACUAUUUGUGAAGAGAGCUUGUGGGAGAAACUCAAGGAUGGGAGAAUAACAGUAAGAGAGUUCUUCAUACUUCUUCAGGUCCACAUUUUGAUACAGAAACCUCGCCAGAGCAGUCUCCCAGCCAAAUUUACUAUAAAUACAUCACCUACUCCAGAAGACCUGAUGUUGAGACAAUAUAUUUAUGGACCCAAGAUACAGAUUUAUAGAGAAGAUUGUGAGGUUCUUCACCAAAAGAUUGAAGAAUUAAAAGUCUCUGCACUGAACCAAGAUAAACUGUUGACUGAUGUUAAUAGGAACCUGUGGGAAAAAAUGAGACACUGCUCUGAUGAAGAGCUAAAGACGUUUGGAAUUCACCUUAACAAGAUAAAGUCACGUUUUACCAAGAUGACUAAAGUCUUCACUCACCAAGGAAAAGUGGCUCUGUACAGCAAGCUGGUACAGUCAGCUCAGAACGAGAGGGAGAAACUUCAGAUAAGGAUAGAUGAGAUGGACAAUAUACUUAAGAAGAUUGAUAACUGUCUCACUGAUGUGGAAAUAGAAACUAAGAAUUUGGAGGAUGAAGAGAAAGACAAUCCUGUGGAAGAAUGGGAUUCUGAAAUGAGAGCUGCAGAGAGAGAUCUAGAACAGCUAAAAACUGAAGAGGAGGAGCUUCAAAGAAAGCUCUUAGAACUGGAAGUACAGAAAGAGCAAACCCUUGCUCAGAUAGACUUUAUGCAAAAACAAACAAAUAGAACUGAAGAACUACUGGAUCAUUUGAGUUUGUCUGAGUGGGAAGUCAUUGAGUGGAGUGAUGAUCAAGCUGUAUUUACCUUUGUUUAUGAUACUAUAGAACUCAUCAUCACUUUUGGAGAGCCAGUAGUUGGUGUUCCUUUCCUGGAAAAGGCUGACAGGAAGAUUGCUGACCUGAGUUUUCAAUCUUUGUUAGAUGGGGAUAAAGCUCCUUCUUCCUCUCUUUUGGUUCAUAAGCUCAUUUUCCAAUACAUUGAGGAACAAGAAUCCUGGAAGAAGAAAUGUACAACACAGCAUGAGAUACCCAAGAUGCUUCAGGAACUUUCACUAGUGGUGAGCCAUUGUAGACUCCUUGGAGAAGAGAUUGAAUUUUUAAAGAGAUGGGGACCAAAUUAUAACCUAAUGGACAUAUAUGUGAAUGAUACUGAAUUGAAGCUUUUGUUUUCCAGCUCUGUAGCAUUUGCAAAGUUUGAGAUAACUUUGUCUCUCUCUGCCCAUUAUCCAUUGGUCCCAUUACCUUUUACCAUUGAAAAUCACCUUGGGAACACUGGCCAAGAUGAAAUUGCAUCCAUUAUAUCUAAGGUGCCAUUAGAAGACAACUAUUUGAAGAAUGUAGUCAAGCAAAUUUCCCGAGAUCUACUUCAGGACUGCCACUUCUACCCCUAGACUCAUGAACCACAGCUCUAACAAACAAGAGUGCACACACUUGGGAUAUUAUGUCAGAGUCUCCAUUGCUGUUUGUCUUUAGAUCAGAGAAGCCUAGUAAAGUUCCUCUGAUGAUGUUA